AACCUUUACCCUCGACAGCGAGAAAGAGAGUGAUUGGGUCCGAGAUGAGGUCAAAGUGGCUAUUAGGUCUCUGUCUCCUGCUGCUGUGCGUGGCAAGGUCUCUUGGUGGUGAUGCUGAGGAGAGGCUUGUAGAUGUUUUGCUGGGUCCUGAGCGCUACAACAAACUCAUCCGGCCUGCGGUCAAUAAGAGUCAGCAAGUCACUAUUGGCAUCAAAGUCUCUCUCGCACAGCUCAUAAGUGUGAAUGAGAGGGAGCAAAUUAUGACAACGAAUGUGUGGCUGACUCAGGAGUGGAAUGACUACAGACUGGUGUGGGACCCAAAUGAGUACGAGGGCAUCAAAAAACUACGGAUACCAUCGCAGCACAUCUGGCUUCCUGAUAUAGUGCUCUACAAUAAUGCAGAUGGUGUAUAUGAAGUGUCUUUUUACUGCAAUGCUGUCGUUUCCAACACCGGUGACAUUUUUUGGCUACCACCUGCUAUCUACAAGAGCGCCUGUGCCAUUGAAGUUCGCAACUUCCCUUUCGAUCAACAAAACUGCACUCUGAAAUUUCGUUCUUGGACGUACGACCGCACAGAACUCGAUCUCGUCUUGACUUCUGAUUUUGCUAGCCGUGAUGACUACACGCCCAGCGGCGAAUGGGACAUUGUCUCGCUCCCAGGCCGGAAAAACGAAGAUCCCAAGGACAUCACGUACCUGGAUGUCACAUACGACUUCGUGAUCAGGCGCAAACCCCUCUUCUACACAAUUAACCUCAUCAUUCCGUGUGUUCUCAUCACCUCUCUCGCUAUUCUGGUUUUCUACCUUCCCUCAGACUGUGGUGAAAAGAUGACGCUUUGCAUCUCGGUUCUUUUAGCUCUCACAGUGUUUCUGCUCCUGAUAUCCAAAAUCGUUCCUCCAACGUCUCUGGCGGUUCCAUUAAUAGGAAAGUAUCUAAUGUUUACGAUGGUGCUGGUCACGUUUUCCAUCGUGACAAGUGUGUGCGUGCUCAACGUGCACCACCGAUCUCCGUCGACACAUCACAUGCCCGAGUGGGUAAAGCGAGUGUUUUUGCAUAAGCUUCCGUUUUUUCUUCUCAUGCGACGACCAGGAAGCUCCAACAUACGGGAGAGGUUCCGAAGGAAACAUCAGCGAAAGUCGUUCUCCUCAGAUGCGAAGAAUGUAAGGAUGGAUGAAAGAUCGUUCUUCUUGAGUGAUGAUCCGGUGCGUGUUUGCGGCGCCUGGAGGGUUGGUGAUCUACCCGAGGGAUCUGAGUUCAGGCAAAGGGUGAGGGUCAGACACGACCAAGACGUGGAUGAGGCCAUAGAGGGCGUGAGGUUCAUUGCUGAACACAUGAAGAUUGAGGAUGAUGAUGAAGGGAUCAUUGAGGACUGGAAAUACGUCGCCAUGGUGAUCGACCGGCUCUUCCUGUGGAUUUUUAUUCUGGUCUGUGUCGUUGGAACUCUUGGGCUCUUUGUGCAGCCACUCUUUCAGAGCUACAACACCCCCACGGCCGAGUAUGGGGAUUUCUGA